AUCGCUCAUCAGAAGAUAAGCCUUGUAGUUAAUAUCGACUAAGCCUUUCUCCGCCCUAGCAGUGAUACACAAGAUAACCAUUAUUCAUUAGCAAGUGAUAUAAUUAUGUGUUAAAACCUCACUCUACUACCUCGUACAGUUCAAAAAGCUACUCUGGCACGUAACAUAGUACGUGUGUCGUGCCAUGGCAACAGUACGACAAAAACAUAGCUGUAUGUUAACUUUUCAGUGCAACUUUGAAUGAAACAGGUACAAUCGACAACUAAUAGAAUUAACUUACUAAUGUCAGUAAGCAUCUAGGUUCGAUCUACCGAAUUUAUCCUAACCUUCGGGAUCUUAUCUUUUAAUAUUCCUUCUCCGUAGUUAACAGGAAAGAGCAUGGCCUCAGACAAAGGCCGCUUUGUGUUACCAGAGACUCUACAGAAUCUCUCCAAGGUGGAGAACUUUCCUCCUCACAGACACCGUUGGAACACGAACGAAGAAAUUGCUGCCAUUUUAAUCAGUUUUGAUAAACACGAAUUAUGGCUAUCCAAAGAAGUAAGGAUACGUCCUCACAGCGGGACUAUGCUCCUCUACAGCAGGAAACGGGUCCGCUAUCGCCGGGAUGGAUACUGCUGGAAGAAACGAAAGGACGGAAAGACCACGAGGGAGGACCACAUGAAAUUGAAAGUUCAAGGAAUGGAGUGUAUCUAUGGUUGUUACGUCCAUUCUGCUAUAUUGCCUACCUUUCAUCGGAGAUGUUACUGGUUACUUGAGAAUCCUGAUAUUGUUCUAGUUCAUUAUUUGAACGUGCCGAGUGCGGAUGAAUCCAAAGUACUGACGUCAGUCGCUUUAAGCCACUGUGCAGAGAAUAAAAAGUGGACUAAAGAGGAACUACUUUCACAACUCAAACCAAUGUUUCAUACAAGUGACGAAUCAGACCACGUCCAAAAGCGUGAUUCUGUGACAGAUACAACAGUGGAAGGGAUAGUUCAACAGUUAAUAGAGAAACACCAGUUUCAAACAGCAUUACACAGCCAACAGAGAGGUAGCCGAGAAAGGAACCUUUCCUUCAAGUUAGCCAUAUGUUCAGUUUCGGGAAGAGAAAAACGGUCAAUCCAAAGUAGUCAGGCCGUUAACUCUCGACCAACUUCAAGUAAAGUAAGUAAUGAACGUUUAACGCCUAAGUUGGAAACUCAAGAUGAUGUGCCAGUAUUUCAGCCAAAGGUCCAGAAGAUGGGCACGGAUAACCCCAAAAGUGUACGACCUAACAGUCUUAAAAUCAUUAACUCCUCAUGCCGGUCUUCUCAUGAAAAGUCCCCUAAGGCGACAUCAAAACAUUCGAACUUCCUUAACACUUCUCCGACAUCUGUUAUUCUUAGUCUUUCACAGAUACAAGGCGGUGGAGGCCUUUUGAUUUUAAAUAAUACUGCAGCUGUUACAGGCCUAGGACUUACUCCUACUUUAAAUGUCACAACACCAAUAACCGGAAUUGAACUUACCCCUACCGUUAACACAACAACUACUAUUACAGCAUUAGGACUUACUUCUGCUUUAAAUACCACGACUACUGUCACAGCGUUGGGACUUACUCCGUCUCUUAACACAAAAACUGUAGUUACAGGUUUGGAGUUUACUUCCACACAAAACACUACAACAGGUGCUAUAGGAUUAGGGCUCACGUCCACCCAAAAAACGACAAUGGUUGCUCCUGAUUUGAGGCUUUCACCCGCUCAAAACACCGCAUCAGUUCGUUCAAAAUUGGGAUUUAUUCCCGCUCAAAGUACAAUAACAACAGAAACAGGUGGUAAGCUUACUCAAGCUCAUAACGCUUCUGUCAGUGGAUUAGGAGUUUCAUCCAGUCUACGAACAGCAAAGCCCCUUGCAAAGUUUGGAAAUAUCACUAAUAUAACUGUUCCAAAGGUAACUAUUAAACCGGGACUAAAUAACAGAACGACAUUUUUAGGAUUACCAAUGGUCACAAAACGUUCAUUAGAUGAUAGUCGAACCACUAAGCAGCAUAAAAGUAAUAUUUCUCCUCCAGCAUCUUUUGAUAAUCAUCUCAGUGGAAGAGAGCCCUUUCUUAAUAUUGUUUCACCUAAACUUACAACGAAUGUUAUUGGUCUUGAUUCCAAAGACUUUCUCAAUUCCAUUACCUUCUUAACAUCAACAUCUGAGGCUCAGCCAACUGGAACUGUUCACCACAGGGGUGAUCAAACAACUCAGACUGACAAAGUGACCAGUGGCCAACGUAGUUCCCAAAAUAAACAACAAUGCGAUUUAUUGUCUGCCCAAGGACCUACGGCUGAAACAUUCUCCAAAAGUACCCAAGCAAAUAGCAAUGAUAAAAACUUUGAAGUAACUCCUAUGGAGGUUACAGAUGAUGUUGAGCAUUCCAUUAGCACCAUGGAUGAUGUUUUCCAGUACAAUUCACUCAGUAUGUUAAGUGACUUCAGUAGUCUGGAAAACCCUCACUCCAAGCACUCAGAACGAAGUGGGUCCUGCAUCAUCACCAGCUCCUCCUCCUCAUCUCCAUCCCUGAAUUGUUCUUCGCACGUGGACUUAACACAAUAUAGCCAUGAUCACAUGGUCCUCAUCAAUGAUUACUCUCCAGAUUGGUCGUAUACAGAGGGUGGAAUCAAGGUUCUCAUAUCGGGUCCAUGGGAUUCUUCGAGUACUCUCUACACUGUUUUGUUCGAUGGCGUUAGCGUGCCAACCACUCUCGUUCAGAAUGGAGUUCUCCGAUGCUUCUGUCCAGCUCAUGAUGCAGCAGUGGUGAGCCUCCAGGUAGCGUGUGAAGGCCGUGUCAUCUCCAACUCUGUGUCUUUCGAGUAUCAGAAGAAGAUUGUUGGUACCAUAACCUCAAGCACUUGUCACAUGGACGUCAUGUUCAGUGAGGGUCUUGAAAGUUUUGUUGCCUGCACUAAUGCUUUUAGAGAUGUUAGACAAUGA